UACGUGGUCCUAUCCCAUAUAUUUCCAGUUUUGUUUCCUUCCAACCCUUCUUCUUCACAUCAUUCCCACCUCACUCAAAUCUCUCUCUCUCUCUAACACAAAAAAGGGCCUAGGGUGGAGCUUUUUUGGGUUGUUUUUGUUUUUUUUCACUUUUCACUAAAUUUAUUUCUGGCAGUAUGCCCUUCUGUCUCUGAUUCAAGAUUAUUAUUUAUAUACAACUCCAAGAAUAUAAAUAUAGUAUGCAUAAAUUCUCCCCAUCUUAUUCUACACAAAUUUGAUCCAAAACUCACUCUAUUAUUUCUACACUUAAUGGACAUCAACGGCCAUAGAUUCUCAAACCCUACUUGGGAACUUGAAAUGGCUAUCGAAGAUCAGCUCAUCCAUGAUCAUCACAAAAUACCCUUGACCACACUUUACCCUAUUCAAGACCAUCACCACAUACCCGCUCAUCCACAACCCUCAUCAUCCUCUUUCGUCUUCGAAACCAUGGCCAAGUACAACACUCAUCAACUAGAGCAAGUACAAGAAGAGGAAGAACCCGAGGAAGAAGAGCUGGGAGCCAUGAAGGAAAUGAUGUUCAAGAUCGCCGCGAUGCAGCCAGUAGACAUCGAUCCAGCCACAAUCCACAAACCUAAAAGACGAAAUGUCCGGAUCAGCGAUGACCCUCAAAGUGUAGCGGCUAGGCAUCGCAGAGAAAGAAUAAGCGAAAAAAUCCGAAUCCUCCAGAGACUUGUUCCGGGAGGGACUAAAAUGGACACGGCAUCCAUGUUAGAGGAAGCCGGAAGGUAUAUCAAGUUCUUGAAGAGGCAAAUCAAACAACUCCAAGCUAACCAUCAGCCCCAAUGCAAUAUGGGAAUGGUGAGUACCAAUGAGAUUCUUCAGCCUCACCAUUUGUCCUUUAAUCAUGAGGUAAUUAGUGAAAAUCAUAAUUAUAUAUGAUUCAUGUGUAAGCUCUUAUGAUUAAGUGUGGAGAUUUGUUAAAUUGUAUGUGGGAAUAUUAAUUAAUUAUAUAAGAUGUUUGUGAAAAAGGUAGAAAGUUGUUAGGAUUGUGUUGACUACAAGGGGGAUUGGAAUAAUGAUAACGGUUAUAGCUUAAGAUACGCACAUCCAUCCGAUCCCUAUAUAUAUAAAUAGCAUGUAAUGAGAGCUGUGAAGUUGAGCCUGAGAGUCUGUUUUGCCAAGCCUCUCCCGGGAAUAAAACAGUGACGUGAGAAGAAAACUAUUGAAAAUCAUUAUCUACACCCUUAUAUCUCUCUCUUCCAAGCAUGCGUGUGCUCAACCACAUGGAUGUCUAACAUAUAUAUAUUUUCAUGGAUUUUUCUGCUUACAAUAAGUUUUCUACAUAUCUUUAAUAUAUAUUCUCAUGUUUUUUAAUAUCGAUUUGCCCUCAAAACCUACUUAUCCACUUGACCCUUGAUGGGGUGUUAUUUUACGG